GCCGAACGCGCAUUUAAAGCGAUAGCCAUCCUCGCUCUCUCCCCAGUGCUGGGCUGUUGGAGAGCUCGAGCUGCAAGCCACCGAGCGCGAGCUCGAGCGCGGCGCGCUGGCCAGGGAACCCGAGAGCGCACGGCGCCCCAAGCUGGCAGGCGCCGCGGGACCCCCCAUCCUCGCCGGCUGCCCUUCCCCGGGCGCCCCUACCCUCCUCGCCCGCAGGAGACCCUGGGCUUCACCGGAGGAGCUCACCCCAAGGGGCCAGGACUCCGGCGGGCCCGCCACCGUCCCCUCCAGUGCCGCCGCCACCGCCGCAGCCGCGGGAGCAGCAUGGUCCAGCUGGGGAAGCUGCUCCGCGCCCUGACUUUGAUGAAGUUUCCCUGCUGCGUGCUGGAGGUGCUUCUGUGCGCGCUGGCGGCGGCGGCGCGCGGCCAGGAGAUGUACGCCUCGCACUCCAUUCGGAUCGAGGGGGACGUCACCCUCGGGGGGCUGUUCCCGGUGCACGCGAAGGGUCCCAGCGGAGUGCCCUGCGGCGACAUCAAGAGGGAGAACGGGAUCCACAGGCUGGAAGCGAUGCUCUACGCCCUGGACCAGAUCAACAGCGAUCCCAACCUGCUGCCCAACGUGACGCUGGGAGCGCGGAUCCUGGACACUUGUUCCAGGGACACUUAUGCGCUCGAACAGUCCCUCACUUUCGUCCAGGCGCUCAUCCAGAAGGACACCUCCGAAGUGCGCUGCACCAACGGCGAGCCUCCGGUUUUCGUCAAGCCCGAGAAAGUAGUUGGAGUGAUUGGGGCUUCGGGGAGUUUGGUCUCCACCGUGGUAGCCAACAUCCUGAGGCUUUUCCAGGUAGGGGGGCGCUCCCUCCGGGGCAGAGCGCGCCGUAGCUCCCCGCGCUCUUUAUCCUGAAGGCUGGCUUGGACUCCAGGGGUGCGGGGUCUGGUCAGCCUUCGCUCAUUUCCACCCUGGAGAUCCUGCCGAAUCCCUCCCACCUCACCCGAGGAGGUACUUUCCCUGCUUGAUUCAUUUCCCUUCCAUCUCUCCCCUGUCCGCGCUCCACUCCAUCCGGCUUGACAUUCUGGAUUUAUGGCCCCAUUGACAAGAAACAGUCUCCGAAAAACAAGGCGAUGAUUUAAAUGGGUUUGCAUUCGAGUGAAAUAUGGUUCCAAAACAGGCUUGUAAAAGUGCCGGGCUCCUGUGAGAGCCACCUAGGCGCAAGGAAUAUGAAAGAUGAGAAGACGCCUAGAAACUAGGCAUUUCUCAACCCCCCAGCUACCCUGCCCCAAGCCGCCCGACAAGCUGCAGCUGCCUUGGAAAAUUUCGAGAAGAGCUUAGGGAGGCAGUUCUUAAACCGAAGGCUAGGUCUUCACCUACAUUUGGACGUGAAUUGCCCAUUUCGCUCUGGUUGGAUUUCCCGACCUGUAACCUGUCUCUGCGAGGGCAUGGGGCGGAAGGCGUGGGGACUGUCCUCAAGCGGGGAGAAGCCACCGGCAGACGUGCCCCCAGGUGAUUUGCUCUGGGCAGUUGUUUGCACCGUCUAAACGGCCUUUGCGAUCCGGCCACUGGCAGGAGCCGGGCGAUCAGCUUUCUACUCCUGCCAGCUCAGAGCCCGGAGGUGAGCUCAUGCUAACUGCGAAACACAAUCGCUUUCUCUGCACCCAUGCUGUGCCCAUCCUUUCCCACGACCUCCCUAACGCAGCCCCCAACCCCAGUCCUGGGUUUUGAGGACGAUUCUCAGAGCCAGACAAGAAGGCGCCUGGAGGGAGGCAGUAGGGUGCGCCGAGCAAGGCCGGGCGGUCCUCUAGCUCCGGGUGCAGGCGGGCAACGGCGGAAGAUGCGAGGACGGCGGAUCGGGCCAGCUGAGCCGUGGGCGGUGCUGCAGUGCUCUCUCACCGCCUGCUCCCGCAGCCUCGGCCCCACGGCUCCUGUGCCGCCCUGGGUAUAGAUGGAUGGCUUCUGGAUGAAGAAAUUGAGUUUCAGGGUCUGCGUGACUAUGGGUUCUCUUGUUUCUCUGUCUUUCUUCCUGUGUGUCUCUCUCCUUGCAUCUCUUUCUCCCUGCUGUUUUUUUUUUUUUUUUGUCUCUCUGUUUUUAUGUUCUCCCUUUCAAUUUCUGCCUGUCUUUUCCUUCUCUACCCCUAUAUCCAAGUUUUUUGUUCAUCUCUGUCUUGAAGUGAUCCUUUCCUAAUGCACAGCUCUCUCCCUGCCUGGUAGGACCCAAGCUCAGUUAGUCCCUUCUCCAGAUGUUCUGGCUGACCCUUAUGCUCCCCGUAGCUAAAAAGUUGGCUCCCUCUCAAGUGCCUUUCCUGAAGCAUGUUGGGUUUCUGGAGGGGACUCCUUGUGAUUCAAGCUGUCACUACAUCAGCACCCAAGAGUAUGAAGUUUGUGUUUGUGCCAGAAGGAGGGGUGCCUGUCUAAAGCUGCAGCCUGGUAUGGCCCCUCUGAGCCUCUGAGCAUCUCUAGCACCUCUUGAGUAUGCCACCAUGGAGAUCUCUAGAUGUUUGCAAGGCCAAAAGUGCUUCUGGGCAGCCUUCACUUUGAGGUAAUGCUUUCAGGAAGAGCCUGGGUUGUUGUAAGCAAAACCCAGAAGCACUUCCUUUACCUCUGAGCUUAAACUAGAGAACCUGAGGAGGCAGCGCUGCAGGGAGGAUGAGGCCAGAGGUCACCUGAGAACCACAGGGGCAACUCACAGUAUUUUUACUGGAGCUCUGGGGGUUGAAGACACAUUUGCUGUUUGACAUUUUUAAAAUUAUUUUGGUGCCUUCACUUGGAGCUUGGGCAGUACUGCAGAGGGGCCUGCCUGUUGAAAAAAGAGUGAAAUCUUAGUCAAGAGAGAGCUUGCCGACUAGGCUGAAGGAAUGUGUUUGCUGAAAAAGAUUCCAGGGGGAGCUGAUUCCUUCUCUGGUGUGUGGAUCUGAGGCACUUGCAAGAAAAGAGAACGCUUGCCUUACGCUUAGUUCCCCCGUUCCCUGCGCUGGGAAGGAAAGGAACUGAAUGCCAACAUUAGCAGUGUGGGUUGGGACCAAAACCAUUCAGAGAAAACACUGUCAUUUUCCUCUAAUUUGCAAAUUGCAGCUAUUCAUGUUGGAUUGAACAGCUGAGGGAAAAGAGCCCCCAGUUUUCACCUGCAUUUAUUGAGAAGAGGCUGGUAGUAGGAGGGAUGCACCAACUUGUAGCUUGUGCUGCAAGCUGGAUAUAAGCUUGGUGUGAGCAUCCUGGUUAACCACUGCCCAUGUUCAAAUAUACAGAGAUAGAUUCCAACAAUCUCUUCCCGUAGCCUUAUUUUUGCGUGUGAUCUUAGAAGCUCCUGGCAUGUAAGUCCAGUCCCCAGUUUCCCAGCCUCUGUAAACCUGCAAAAUGAAUAGAGAGAAUAGUGGAACACAGACCCAUUGUUCAAAGACACAGUCACUUUAGGGAAAGAAGAAAAGAACGGGUAGGUGAAUCUUCUCUGGGAUUGCAGGGUUCAGCUCAAUGAAGACUGUCCUGUAUAAA